AUGCAAGGAAAGCAUAACUUUAUAUUUUCAUUGGAUGGAGAACAAAAAUCCUUCUUUGUUUCAAAUUUGGAUGUGGCAUCCUUUUGUCGUUUAAUUCGAUCAGCAUUUUAGGUUGAUAAGACCAUCACAGCAUUAUAAGAUGAGUAAGGUAAAUACAAUAAUAAAAUAGGAAAUAUUUGUGAUUUGCAUUAUUUUUGCAAUAAUCUGCAAGUUCAUAAGGAUAAGUUCUAUGUCAUAUUGACAGAAAAAAGAAAAGCAGAAAGACAAAGUCGGAAGUCUCAUAAAAGUAAGAAUUCAAGAGUGCAAACCGUUUAGGAACCUUCUUAUUAUGUAGAUUUUGGAGCAUUCUUAUCAGAAAUCCAACAAAUCAGAUUUAGGUAUAUUUGAAGAGUCAUCUAGUCUUCAACAUCCAGUUUCAACAAUUGUGUUGGUAUUUGACAAUGAAUAUUAGGCUGGCAUCUUUGGCUAACCUAUAAUAAUGAGUAUCUAUAAAACUUUUGCAUUUCUUUAAGCUUAUUACACUAUAAUCCAGGAAGAUGAAACAGAUUCAUUGUUAUUAACGGUUUUUUAAAAUUAACAUCUUAAACAUGAAAUGGAAAUUAAAAUCAAUCAUUCUAUUGCUGAAUAUGUGUGUUAUCAGAUUGAGCAAUUACUUUGUGAAGAAGAAGAGUCAGAACCUAUAUUAUAAGGUAGUUUUGCUACUCCAAAUAGUAAUGCAAAUAAUAAUAUCCCCUUGAUUGUAACUAGGGGGAAUGAGAAAUAGAUUUUAUAGGUGGAGGCAAAUGAUAACUUUCAUUCUAGUUAAGGCAAAAGAACUCAUAGGUAUAAUUUGUGUUAAUAAGGGUAAUGAGGGUAAAAAAAGCUGUUGACAAAUUUAGAAAUCGAUUAGAAUCCAGAGAAUAUGAAUACCUUUUAGGAUUAAUUAUAGGCUAAGAUUAAUCAGUUUUUGCUGCAUAUUAAUUGUAUUAAUAAUAGCAAGAUGAUGAAAACUUCAUUAACAAUUUGAAAUCACUCCUACCUUAAGAUGACAAUAACAACCUUUCAUUAUAAAAAUACUAUACUUUCUUUAAUAGUUAAAUAAUCUCAAAUUUAUGAC